AAAUGUGAAGAACAACAAAUAUUUCAUUACGUGUAACUCUUUUAGACUUCUACUUUUGACCAACACCAUGCAUCCAGCCAUUCCAAUUUCCCUUGUCUUCAUUGGCUGUUGCAGCAAUGUUAUCUUUUUGGAAGAACUUGUCAAAGUCUAUCCUCACAGUGGCAAUGCUAUCACUUUUAUGGCUUUUGUUUUCAACUGUCUGGAAGGUUUAUUUAUUACUACAAGAUUUCUAACAAAGCCAUCGUCUAUACCCAUUAGGUAUUACAUUUUAAUGGUUGCAUUCUUUUUCAUCGUCCAGACUCUAAACAACUACACUUUUGGAUUUAAUAUAUCAAUGCCUCUACAUAUGAUCUUUAGAGCAGGUUCUCUUAUAGCAAACCUUGUACUUGGCGUUGUAAUAUUAAAGAAACAAUAUAAAGUCACCAAAUAUUUGUCAGUUGUACUUAUAACUUUGGGUAUAGCUAUAUGCACUAUUGCCUCAGCUAACCAAAAUGAAAAAAUGGCCAGUCACACAGGGGAUGCUGCCUAUGACUACAUGAUUUGGGUGAUUGGUUUGGUUCUGUUAGUCCUAUCCUUGUUUCUCUCAGCUAGAAUGGGAAUAUUCCAGGAGCAGACAUAUGCAAAGUUUGGCAAGCAUCCAUCCGAGGCUUUGUUUUAUAAUCACUUCUUGCCUCUACCAGGAUUUUUAUUAAUAGCUUCAGAUAUACUCAGUACUUUCAGGGAAUUCAAUCAGUCAGCUCCCUACACUUUGUCUUUCAUCAGUGUGACUUUGCCCUGGGCUUGGAUUUGGUUAUUUUACAACACAGUAUCUCAAUUUGUGUGUAUCAAAAGUGUCUUCAUCCUUACAACGGAAUGCUCGUCACUGACUGUCACAUUGGUAGUAACCUUGAGAAAGUUCAUCAGUCUUGUCUUCUCCAUAAUGUACUUCAAGAACCCUUUUACUGUAUACCAUUGGUUCGGAGCUGCCCUAGUGUUCCUCGGCACCCUCAUGUUUGUAGAUAUCUUCAACAGGUUUGAAUUUUACCGCAAAAUGGAAGACGCUUUGUCCUCGGAGAAGAAAAAGGUGAAAGAGUAAAAUAUGGAAAAGGCUUUGAGACUGCAGGCAAACAGACAGACAGUGUCGCCAAUAGGAGGGAGAAGUCUUCAAGCCAGAAAGAACAUUUUCAGUAUUUCACUUCAGAUAAGAGUUUGUUUAAUUUAAUUCAUUUUGGCAACGAAGUGGUUAGUAGAUUUGUUUACAAGACAGCAUUGUGAAAUCUUUUGUUUUAUAAUUCUUUAUAUUGAUAGUCUCCUUCAUAUAUUAUGUUAUAAUUCAUUAGAUUUAAAGUUUAUAAAAUACUGACGUGAGUUUUACAUUAUUACAGUGCAUAUUGCCAAGAGUUAUUACUACUUGAAUAGCUCAAAUAUCUCUUCUUUCUUGCUUGAGGUUAAAAUUUUUAUUUAUACAAGAAAACAAAAUAUUAAAUUGUUACUAAUGUUUGAGUCCUGCAGAUCAAUUAUAUAUAUAUCAUGACAGUUUACACAUUGAUAUUUUUUUAAAAGAUUAUGUUUCUAAUGAAUUUUGUCUAAAUUGAGUCUUUGUGGCCCAAAACAUCAUUUUAAAAAUGUAGGCUAAUUAAAAAAUUUACGUAAAAUUUAUUGUAAUUUUAAAAAAAGACUUUCACUGUCCUUCAUUAUGCUGAAACAAAUCUUAAGCAAGAAAAAAACUUUUAAGUCUUUUUUAAUUUGAUUUUUUGUCCAUUUUAACUUUUUUUUUUUUAAAGAAACAUUUUUGUUUGUUGAACCAAUGUCUGUUUUAAAACUUGCAAUGUUAAUGUUGUUACUUGCUGACUUUUAAGUAUUAACAAUUUUUGUAAUUCAAUCCAUUGAGGGUACAACUAUUUAACUAAUGACAAAUAAUUCUAUGCAAUGUCGUAAGUGCAUUUGUUUAUAAUGAACUGUCUGGUGGUGUGGUAUGCAUUCUGGAUCAUCUUGAUAGUCCCAGGUUUGAAUCCCAUCUGCGGCUUUGCUGGAUGUUUGGGCUAGGUUGAAAUAAUCUUCAAUUCUAAAGGAACGUCCUAACUAUGUACGGGAUAAAACAAAACAAGGAAUGUUUGUAUGAGAUACAUGUGAGCUUCGCUUUAAAACAACAAAAACCAAGUUGUUAAAUGCUUAUCAUUUUGUUUAUUUUUGUAUUCUAAUAAUUCUAUGAGGAGAAACAGGCUUAACAAAAAGAAGAAUCAUUCUUUUUAAUACAAUUCUGACUCCCAAGUCUAAAUCAACAAAAUUAUCAAUCAAUUUUAGGGUUAUUACUAAAGUUGGUUAAUAUCAAUUACACAUUUUAAAAAAUCUUUCGUGUAAAGCCACACCCAUUUAAUGUAAACACAAAGAAACAGACGUUAAAAUGGGUAAACUUGGUUUAUUUAGGAUUGGCUGGUUAUUUUUAGACAGAAAACUCUGCCGAGAGUCUGUUGAAUUUCUUCUAGCUGUUGUUGUUCUGUAGUACCUCCCAUGAAAUCCUGUCACAUUUUUUGUUUGUUCAUUUAUGUUUUUCUGUUUUUAAAAAAUAUACUGGCCAACACAGUUAUAUUUCUACCAAUUAUUAUAAUAUAUCUGCCCCCAAAAUUAGAUUUAAAAUAUAGAUUGUGGGUUUUUUUGUUUAACAUAUAUAUAUAUAUUUAUAGUUAUUUUAUCCAUUCAAAUUAUUAAACAUAAUCAUCUUCUUUUUUGAAGCAACAUCUGUAUUAUAUAAGAUUAAACAGUUCUGUUAAAAUUUAUUUUACGAGAAGAAUGUAACCAGUUUUUAUUUUUUUAAUGAGAACAAUUACCGGUACAAAAAAAAUAAUUGUCAUAAAAUUAAAAUUAGUGAGCAUAUGAUUAUAUAGGAAAGAAAAUGUUGAUUUCUCUGCCAUUGUAUCAGAAUUCGAGAAUAUACAGGUCAGUGAGUCUUCAGAACAAAUUUUUUUUUUUUUUUUUUUUUUUUUCAAAAGUAUUGAUUUUUUAUAUAUAUCCAAAAUGUCAGAAAUUUGUUUGUUUCACUGUUCUUUGCAUAAUAUGUUAUAGAUGUGUUCUUUUUUUUUCUUUUGUAAAAUGUGUUACAUUAUUGAAUCUACUUUUACAAAAUAUAUAGAUAUACACAAUGUAAUGACCCAAAAAAAAAUGGUUCCUGCAUAUCAAAACUCAACUGGUCAUUUGAAGGAAUUGAUUUAACUAUUUAUUCUGAGUUUUUGAACACUGUGUGUUCCUUGGAUCUGAGGAAAAGAUAUUGAUAUGUCUUCUUAGUCAUUCUCACGUCUCCUAUAGAAAGUUAUUCAUAUUUUAAAACAUGACUUAUGAUAUUCUAAAAUUUAACUUUGAUUUAACUAUUUCAUACUGGAUGAAUGUAUUCCCAUUUUAAGUUUGUUUGUUUGUUUAUUGGGUUAAAAUAUUUUUUUUUUAAUUGUUCAGGUUUAUAAAAAAAAGAUGUGAUAAAAUAUUAUAUUAAAUCCACAUCUUUAAUGUUAUGUUAAUCAAGAUGUGUAUUUAUUACAAUGUUAACAUUUACCCAUGGGGGCGAUUAUUGAUCUCAUUCAGCUCAAAGUUCAGAAUGUUGAUAAGAUGCUGAAUAAUAAGAACAAAAGUUGUGAGACUUGAUUCCAUUAGGGAGAAAACGUGACAUGUCAUGUGUCAAUAAAAUAAAAAUGGUUUUAUGUAUUUAAGCAUCAAAAUUAGAAAUUUAAAAUUAUGUUGUAAAAAAGUGUUUCAAUUUUAUUUUUUAUAUUUUGGUCAAAGCUUACAAUUUCUGACCUUAUUAUUUGGAGAUAUUAUUAAGUAGAUGGUAUGUGUAUGUCGGAUUUUAUCUUUCUUGCUUACUCUGAAUUUUUAUGUCCAAUCAUGUCAAUGCUUGUUGUUACAACUAAAUGGCAUGUGAUCACUGUUAAAUGAUUGUUGGUUUUAUUUAUAAGCUUUGAUUUUGAACAAAGGAAUUCAUUAAAAUCCUGUUGUGGCUGUUAUGUAUCAAACUAAGUCUCUCUUUCAAGUGCCCAGACUUGGGCAUCAGAUAAGCAGAUCAAUGUUUGUCUAACAUUUCUGUCCUUCUUGUGAUCCUGCCAGUAUGACUCAAAAGAGUGAUAAACAUUAUAAGUGUAGCAUACUCUGUAACAGGAUCUGCUCAGAAAAACACUUGUAGACUUUGUUAUCUAAAGUUAUUGGCAAUUCUAUUUCACACUCUUUGGUUUCAUGCCAGGCUAACUAGAUUCAUUGGUUUGAAACUUUGUUGUUGUUUUUUUUAAAAAGCUUUUAUAUAGCCCUAUUUUCAUGCUCCGAGAGCUAUGGUCCAAUGUCAUUUGUUGACCUGUGGGGAUAUCUGGGAGGUUUUCCAUGCUACCUUUAGGCACCCAGUAAACACAGCCCUGCUCAAGUCGGGUGUCGAACCUUGAGCCCCCUUGACAGGCAGCCGAGCUCAAGUGUACUCAACCUCUUGGCCGCACAUCCCACAAAGUAGUGCCAGUUCUCAGUCGUCACUUGUCAUGUUUUAAAAGCAGUUCUGCCAGGCAAACAAAGUCACAUGAGCAGACGCAAGGCUUCAUUGCCUAUUUAAAGACUUACACUUGACCUUCUUUUGUUUCUUUGAUUCUCUGCAUGAUAUACUAACCUUUUUUUCUCUAUGUCAGUACAUAUUAGUUAGACUGGUGUAGUUUAUGAUUUCUAUUACUGCUAUAUUGUUAACUUCCCAACCCUAACCUGUUGUUUGAUCUGCUAAUAUAAGUCAGUUGUGUUAUUGUUUCAUUUUGAAGUGUUAUUAUAAUUCAACCUUAGCUGGACUAAAUAAAUUGUUGCAAAUCAAAA